AUGUCCGACUACGUGGAUCCAGUCUUUUUCGAAAUUGUGGCAAGAGACGAGGCUUUUCGAUGUGGCGUCCAGGACUUCAUUUCACAUCACACACCCGCCGCCCUCACGCCCUUCGAACGUGGCGCACUUCAUAACUUUGUCUUCAGUUAUUACGGCACCAGUCAGAACCUACAAUCGCAACGCCUAAUCCUGACGCUGCACGACAUGUACAAUCUACAAGGACUCAUGGAUACGGCUGUGCUCGACAAUAUCCGCGUCAACAUCCACACACAUGACACUAUGGGUUCAGCACUCAGUUCUGUUCCAUAUUCGAGCAUUCCAGGUCAGCCUGCAGCGCUCCCGAUGGCUCAUGGCAAUCAGAUCUUUCAUGGUACACAGCCCGGCCCUGUGAUUGCUGCCACACCACAUCCAGGAGUGCAACCAAGCGCAAGCACGAACUCUCUCCUCAGGUGCCACCCAGCCAACCUUGAGCACACGAUCACCAUCGCACACAGAGAAAAAGGCUGGGCAUUUGAGUGCGACGCGUGUGGGCAUGGAAUCGUUUACCGUGGCGAAUUUGCGCGCCACAUGAAGGACGGCCUGGGGCGAGCUGGCUUCAAGGUCGUGAGGGCGGCCCCAGACGAAGAACCCGUCUGGUAUGGGAUAGACGCCGCAGGGAAUGAGUACAUGGGGAGGCUUUUGGCAAGGGUGGAUGACGAAGAUAAAAAGCCUCAACGAAUUGGGUCCCCUUGCGGCCCACUCCUCGCCGCCUCUCGAAGGCAAAAGCAGAUGGACGAUGCCAAUUGA